UGCACACCCGGCUCCCUGGGCGCCCCAGACCCGACGGUUUGCCCCGAGGCUCGAACCUCGGCGGGCAAGAUGGUCCCGUCCAACGCCACCGCUGUGACACCCUUCCUGACUAGGCUGUGGCAGGCGACAGCUCAGCAGGGCGGCAACACGUCCGGCCUGGCCCGCAGGUCCCCCGGCGACAGCCACGGCGAGAUGGAGGCGCUCUACAUCCUCAUGGUGCUGGGCUUCUUCGGCUUCUUCACCCUGGGCAUCAUGCUGAGCUACAUCCGCUCCAAGAAGCUGGAGCACUCCCACGACCCUUUCAACGUGUACAUCGAGUCGGACACCUGGCAGGAGAAGGACAAGGCGUACGUGCGCGCCCGCGUCCUGGAGAGCUGCAGGGCGUGCUGCGUCAUUGAGAACCAGCUGGCUGUGGAGCGGCCCCACGCGCACCUCCCCGAGACGAAGCCCUCGCCCUGA